AUGUCAACAACAGAGAACACAACAACAGUUAUAGUCCAUGAAGCUAUAAAUGAAGAAUAUGAGUACAUACAGUAUAACAAACAGUUACGUCUCAUUCGUUCGGUCAAAGAUGACAUGUACCAAAUGCAAAGUAUUUUGACAGCAUGUUUUGCUCCAGAUACUAAGCUUCCUAAAGACUGGUUUAGGAACCAAAGCACUAUUGAACUAUUAAAUGAAGCACAGCGAGACAUACUUUUUUCUGAAAAUCGUGAAGAACAGCGAGUGGGAGAAAAACCCCAGUCGCCAAAACUCUAUGAAAAUCGUGAAAAAUUGCCAAACGGUUUGAGAGGAUAUUAUGUACAUAGACUUCUUGUAAAUAAUGUGGCACAAUGGGCUUCAGCUCGCUAUUCAUGGUAUGUUUGUAAACUUCUUGACGAAAUUCAUAGACAAGAACGUGAAGAGCUAGAGAACAAGCUUGAAGCAAAAGACAAAAGCCUUCAGAAAAGAAUACCACGUUCGGUACCAAAAGGAAAGGAAAAGAACUAUAAGUAUAUGAUUUAUACUGAAGAGAUGGAAAAUGAAGAAGACAGAGAUAUGGUUAUGUUGCAUUUA